AUGUAACCAUUAUUCAAACAACGAAAGCCAGCUAAUCUUAUUAUCUAAUCUUGUGAUGAAGAUAAGUUAGUCUAACAAUAAGUGAACUAUUUAACUAUUAUUCAGAUACCAGAAUUAGACACUUUUGAAGAAUUUUGUAGCAACAUUCCAGAUGUUGAAAAUUAAGAACUCAAUUUUACUAAAGAAUCGAAAUCCUUUAGUUCUUAGCCUCUUAAUUUACAUGAGUCUUAAGAAUUCUAAACUAAUCAAAAAUACAGUGAUCAAAAAUAAGAAGAAAUUUAGGAGUCUCUUCCUAUACAAUAUAUUGAAUUCGUUGAAUUUCAUCCAUAAAGUAUCAAUUCUGGUUAAUCUGAAUCUAAUUGUUAAAGAAUUGAUUCUUAAUAAAGUCCUAAAGAUAUUAUGUAGGAACCUCCAGCUCCUCAAAAUAAGAACUUAACUAAAUUUAGCUUUCCUUAAAAAGGUGGUUGCUUCAGUAGUUGUAAAAAAAUUCAAAUCAAUAUUUUUUUAGUAAAGAAAUAACUUUGUAUAGAACAACCUUUAAUUAUUAAUAAUGGAAAUCAAAGUACUUUUGAGGAAACACUUGUUAAGUAACAUAAUACUUAAAACUUUCCUAAAAGCAUAUAAGAUGAUUUAACUAAACAAAUUAAAGAAUUAACAGAUUAAAAAAAUAUUAUUGAAUAAUCCUAUCAAACUUAAAUUUUGCAACUUUAAACUCAAAAUCAAAAAUUUGAACAAGAAUUAAUUCAAUAAAAAUAAAAGAAUUUAACUCUUGUCUAAGAAAAUAUGUUAUUGCAAUCCAAAAUUGAAAUUUUUGAACAAAAAAAAAGUGCUGAUUUAAACAAUAUAACUGAUUUUUCUAAUGAUUUAAUACCUCACAAAUUAUCUAUGAAUGAAAAAUUAGUUUAUUUAAUGUAAAAAUUGAAUAUCAAAGCAUAAGAAAAUGCAAAACUUCAAUAUGAAAUUUUGAAAUUGCAAAAUAACGUAUGUAUCUAUAAUAUCUAUUCUAUUAAUAGAUUGAAAUUUUAGAAACUUAAAAGUAUUUGUAAAUCAAUACAAAUUUACUAUUGGAUACAAAUAAAUUAUAAUAAAGUCAUUCUCCCAUACUCUAUCCGUAAUCCUAAAAUAGAGGAUAAUCACUAAGUAAAGAUAGCCGAACAAGUCUGUUAAAUUCAUAAAAAUAUCCUCUUAAUUUAUCACUUAAUUAUGUUUAAUAGGGAGAAAGAAGACAAGAUGUUUUUCUCAAUAAAAAAAAUCGAAUUAUAUCUCCUUUGGCUCAUUAUAGUUCAGUGGGUGAAUAAUAAUAACUUUAGUUAAAUAAUCUUUAAAAGAAUAAAUUAUAUAAAGAGGAUGUUAAUUUUAAUAAUAAAAUGCAGUAAGAAUUCAUUAAAUGAAUUAGUACUAAGAAUAGUACUUCUGUUGGAGAAUUAAUAUCAUUUAAAUAAGACUUGACAAAUUGUUCCAAUAUUAUCAAUAAAGCCUUAAGAAAAGAAUCAUAUUCCACUUAAUCUCCAGAUGCCAAGGUUACAUAAAAAUUUAAAUAAACAUUAAAUGCUAAAAUAGGAACUUAAUAAGAAAAUUCAAAGUCUUAUGCCAGUCUCUUAUUUUCUCUUGGAGAAAGACAAAAAGAUGUCAGAUAAUUAUCCCCAAAAGGAGCUAAUAAGAAAUCAAAAUAGUAAAAUAAGUAUAAUUAUAUUUUAGGUUGUUUGGUUUUAUUAUGCAACCACAUCCAAAUUCAAGAAAAUAAUCAGAAAUUUUGAAAUCAGAAGAAUCUCAUAAAUUAAGUUAAGAAUAACUUAAAAUGUCAGAUAAGUAUUUAUAUAUUAUUAAUUAGAAAAAAUACAUUACAAACUAGUAUUGACAUUUUUUAGAUAAUGAAAGAUAUGAGAAAUAAAAAAAAUGGGAGUAAAUUUUAAAAUAAUUAAGUUAGUCUCGAGUAAAUUAAAUUAAAAAAAAGGGCAAGCUGCGACAAGUAGAUAAUUGAUAACUGAAAUAAAAAGUAGCCGAACAAAUAAACCAAGCUUUGACUGA